AUGGAAAGCGGCGAUAACUGUUCGAUACACGAAAACUCUUCCGAUGAGACUGUCUUUCUGCUUCAUCGGCUGAACAUUCCAUUGAAUUGCCUUGAUAAUUCACAAAGUCGACAGCAUUAUGUCGAAGAAUAUUCGGCGAAAUAUUCCAAAGCGAAAUAUUUGCUCGGCAAUGCUCGAAAGAAACAACGAAAAAUCAUCAUGACAUAUUAUUAUGAAAAAGAAAGACCGGAGCAGGAUUCCGAACGAUUGCAAGCGGUAAAAGCGUCUUUACUCGAAGAAAAUGAGAAGAUUAAAAAAUUCAAAGAAGCUUUGAAACGUAAACUUCUUCUCUAUCAACAACGUAUUCAGUUUCUCAAAGAUGUAGAAUUCUCUUCAACUAAAGAGAUUGAACAAUUGAUGAAUAACACUCCGACGAUUUGCACGGAUAUUUCUUCAGAUUGUCCAAUAGUCGAUGACAGCCUUCAUCAUUUUCUGCUCGACGAUUCGUAUCCAUACUCUUUCGACGAUCAUCAAACUGAUUCAUCCCAUUUUACAACACAAGAUUCUCUUUCAAAUCCUCAGACUGCGUGGUUUCAAGCUUUGAAACACUAUUACGAGUUCUUUGUCAGUUCGCCUUCGACCGGUCAUGUUCGUCUAAUCAGUAUGAUUGUCAUGAUUAGUUUGGCAAUCGUAUUGAUUAUAUUCAUAAAUGAUUUACUUGAAUAUUUUCUCGUUUAUCUGACAAAAUCACCGACAUUUUCAUCAAUAGAUUCAACAUUGCCAUCAUCAUCAUCAUCAUCGCCGUCAUUCUUUACAAAUUUCUUAUCGAAUAUUUAUCAUCAGAUAACUUCAUGGUCCCUAUCCGUUUUCCACUGGUUCGAAUCUUCAUCUAUUUACUAA